AACGAGCAGCAAUCAUGUGAAAAUGUAUCCAGAAAGAAAAUGGUGAUUGAAUUAGGGUAGAGGAGGGAGGAGCUGAUGACAGGUGCACGAAGCUGCCGCUGUCGAUUGUGCUGAAGCCUGCACCAAGUGCUGCUGCUGCCGAUCGCCGGACAUCUUCACAGCCACUGGACCACAGCUCACCUUCAACACUAUCAGAACCUUUCACCUCUGUCAAACACCCGUUCUCUUUUCUCUUUGCCUGUUCGUGGUCGCUGACUAAUGGGAAGAUGGCAUUGCGUGGAGGAAAAUUGCGCAAGGCAAAAGCGGACUUAUUUGACUGCUGUUUGGUGACUGUGAAACCUGCCUUUUCUCUCUGAACGUCUUUUCCCUCGUCUUUUUCGUUUAUUGGCUGGUGGAGGCGUUUUCUGACUUGGAUUUUACACCUGAACAAUAUGCUCAGUGUUGCCGCACCUUCAUUUGUCGUCGUUUUAUAGAGGUUUUUUGAAAUUCAUUUAAACAUGGAGCCAGGAAAGGAGAAAGCUCUGCCUACCUCUAAAGAGGGGCUCAAACAAAUCGCAGGAAAGGCCAUGGGGAAUUUGUACAGGAGGCUGGAGAAGCGGCAGCAGACAGGUGAAGCGAUCGAGCUGACGGAGGAUGGCAGACCCAAGACCAAGCAGGAGAAGAAGCCUCCCCUGCUGGACUGCACCUGCUGCGGGCUGCCGCGCAGAUACAUCAUCGCGAUGCUGAGCGGCCUCGGCUUCUGCAUCUCCUUCGGUAUCCGGUGCAACCUGGGUGUGGCCAUAGUCAGCAUGGUCAAUAACCACACCGUCCACGAGAACGGCAAGAUCAUCAUUAAAGAGAAAGCGAAAUUCAACUGGGACCCGGAGACUGUGGGGAUGAUUCACGGCUCUUUCUUCUGGGGCUACAUAGUCACUCAGAUACCAGGAGGCUACAUCUCUUCGAGACUGGCUGCUAACAGAGUGUUCGGGGCUGCCAUAGUUCUGACGUCCACGCUGAACAUGUUCAUUCCCUCCGCUGCACGAGUGCACUACGGAUGCGUCAUCUUUGUGAGAAUAUUACAAGGACUGGUGGAGGGAGUGACUUAUCCAGCCUGCCAUGGGAUCUGGAGUAAAUGGGCUCCCCCUCUGGAGAGGAGUCGCCUGGCUACCAUUUCCUUCUGUGGAUCUUAUGCUGGAGCAGUGAUUGCUAUGCCUCUGGCUGGGAUUCUGGUCCAGUACACAGGAUGGUCCUCUGUGUUCUACCUGUAUGGAUCAUUCGGGAUAUUCUGGUAUAUGUUCUGGAUCCUGGUGUCCUAUGAAAGCCCAGCUGAGCACCCAACCAUCACAGAAGAAGAGCAGCGUUACAUCGAGGAGAGCAUUGGCGAAAGUGCUCAGCUGAUGGGAGCGAUGGAGAAAUACAAGACUCCCUGGAAGAAGUUUUUCACCUCCAUGCCUGUCUAUGCAAUCAUCGUGGCCAACUUCUGCAGGAGCUGGACGUUUUACCUGCUGCUCAUCAGUCAGCCUGCGUACUUUGAAGAGGUCUUCGGCUUUGAAAUCAGCAAGGUUGGAAUGGUGUCGGCUCUCCCUCACCUGGUCAUGACCAUCAUUGUCCCCUUAGGAGGCCAGUUAGCGGACUAUCUGCGGACGCACAACAUCAUGUCCACCACCACAGUCCGUAAAAUCAUGAACUGUGGAGGGUUUGGAAUGGAAGCAACACUCCUGCUGGUGGUGGGUUAUUCUCACAGUAAAGGCGUGGCCAUCUCUUUCUUAGUCCUAGCUGUGGGAUUCAGUGGAUUUGCAAUAUCAGGAUUUAAUGUCAACCAUUUAGACAUUGCUCCUCGCUAUGCCAGCAUCCUCAUGGGCAUAUCUAAUGGUGUGGGCACCCUGUCUGGAAUGGUGUGCCCUCUAAUAGUGGGCGCAAUGACAAAGAACAAGACCAGGGAAGAAUGGCAAUAUGUCUUUCUCAUUGCUUCCCUUGUGCAUUACGGUGGCGUGGUGUUUUAUGGGCUCUUUGCGUCUGGAGAGAAACAGCCAUGGGCUGACCCUGAAGAGACCAGUGAAGAGAAGUGUGGCAUCAUCGACGAGGACGAGCUGGCGGAGGAGACCGGUGACAUCACACAGAGUUAUGGAACGAUGGGCGGUCCUGCUAAAAGCUACGGAGCCACUGCACAACUCAACGGAGGAUGGGUUCAGGACUGGGAUAAGACGGAAGAGUACGUUCAGGAACCGGCGGGGAAAAUGUACGCUGAGCGCGGUUACUCUUAAAACCCGAGAGUUACGGUGAGUCUGAUCAGAGAAUCAUUGCACAAAUUAAGCAUUAUAAUAGAAAAUAUUUAAAUCCAUUCCAUAUAUCCAAGUAAAAAGGUUUAUUCUAGAUUUAGGAAGUCAGAGUAAAGUCAUAGUUAGAUGCAAUGCAGACCAAUCCUCAUUGAGCCUUACAUUCUUAUUAUUACCACCACAUGUGGAGCUUCAUUUUACAGUGGAUAGUGGUUAAACGUUAAACCUUUUGGGCACAAAAACCUCAUGAAUCUAUGUACUUGAACAAAGAGCUAGAUAAUACUGCAGCUGACCAUCAUGUAGGGUCUUUGAGAUACCACUCUGAUUGCACUGAAAUAAUAAGUAUUCUAAAAAAAAAAACUAAACUAAAAUUUUAUCCUGUUUAUCAGAUGUGUUUUAUGUCCUGUAUAUACCUGUAUACUGUUUCUGUGAGACUGUCGUGUAUUUUGGGUCGUUGAUCUGUGUUAACAUUGAUAUAAAAGGCCAUAUUUUUCAUGGACAGUACCUUUUCAGGGAGAUGUCUGCUUGCAAAAAAGGUCUUCUUCUUCUUCUUCUUCUUCUUCUUCAGCAAAGCCUAUAAUAUAUUACAAGACAAAAAUAGAGUGAGUGAAGUUGAACAGUAGAGUAUUAGUGUUCCUGCAUGAAUUUGCUCAGAUCAAUGUUUCAGACGCAGCUGCCAUUCAGUACGGUCACUGAUAAUCCCCCCCUCCUGCCUACAACUUUCUUCUUAGAUACGUAAGUGUCUUCUGCCAUUGAAAAUAAUAAAAUAAACUUCAUUAUCAGGUUCUGACCGUAAUGAGACUAAUAAAAAAGUCUUGAUGGCAACUGCUCACAAUAUGUUGUUAAUUGAUGUUUGGUGUGCACUGCAAUAACUUCUGUGUACCAGCCGCCACCCAUCACAUUCUAUUUCGUAACCUUGGCUUGCUGUAUCUGAGUGUACUUGUUUUCGAGUCAUGUGAUG